AUGCCGUCCUCAUUUAGUGAAGUCCCCGACAGCGGACAUGUGUUUGUGGACACGGAGUUUACAAAGAACAACGGGGACAUCGCUGAUCAGUGGAAGCGCAUCAAAGACAUCUACCCGAGCGGGGUCAAUCAGCCGCUGCUGCCUGAGACCUUCUCGCGCGAACAGUUCGGUCAGGGUAACCACUAUGAGUGCUUCAUGCUCUCGGCGUUGUCGACGCUGAUCCGUUUCCCCGAUGUGAUUCGUAGCUGCUUUGUGUCGAAGAAGGUGCGCGAGGACGGCCGCUACACCUUCCAGUUCUUCCGCGGGAAAGAGUGGGUAAAGGUGGAAAUCGAUGACAAAAUCGCGAUGGAGGAAGGCGAGGUGCUCUACUGCCGCUCCCCCACGGAGCACUGGUGGCCGUUGCUGCUGGAGAAGGCCUACGCGAAGUUCUACACCGCCUACGAUCACCUUGAAGGCUGCACGCUACAAGAAACUUUCCAUGAUUUGACCGGCAACCCGGUUCUGAACAUCCCCAUGGAUCCGAAGCUGGCCAAGGCAGCGAGCUGCAACAUCCUGGAGGGCCGCUACUGGCUGGACCUCGCCCAGCGCAUCCAGUCUGGACAGUUCGUCGCGUCUGCUCUUACAAAAGACGUGGAGGUAGAGAACAUGGGCCUGCAGCGGGAGCAGCAGUACGGCAUACUGGAUGUAUUUUCCCUCAGCGGUACCUCUGCGGUAGACGAUAUCGUAGUGCACAUGCACAACCCUUUGGAGGACGACGAGUUCAUCUACACCGGCCCCCUCAACCGGAAUGAUGUGGCAUGGACGGCGAAGCAGCGCGCGAAGUAUGAUGUGGACAACCCUCGCUCCAUAUUCCUGCCGCUCAACACCUUUCUUAGGAUCGUCAACUCCAUGCAACUGUGCUACGUCAGCACCUUCGAAGCUGACGCGACGUACUUUGAGGACGAGUGGAAGGGCGAGAGCGCCGGCGGCAAUCCCACCUUCGUCACGUGGCGCAAGAACCCACUGUACUACAUAAGCAACCACGGCACCGAGGCGGUCACGCUUUCCUUUGUCGUGAAGCAGAAGGACCAGCGCCACCUGAAGGGCCCGGAGGAGGAAACGACCUACAUGCAGUGCGGCAUGAUUCUCUCGCAGUACUCCUAUCUGUACCCCAUCCCCACCUUCUGGGUCACCGGCAACAACCACAAGCCCAUUCACAAGAGUCUCUUCCUCAACUCGCGUGAGGUGGCGAACAGCGUCACCAUUCCCCCUCAGUCUCUCUGCUACCUCGUCCCCUCGUGCAUGCACAAGGGCGAGGAGGCACCUUUCCUGCUCGCCGUGUACCGCAUGGCGCACGAAAACUACAGCCAAAUCACGAUGAGGAAGCUAGACAUUCCCAAGAUGGACUGGCGGAACCCGGCGUACGGAAACGUGGAGCUGCAGAUGCGCACCAAGGAUCGGCUCGACUUCUACGUGGACGAGGAGACCGACGUGCACAUCCUCAUGCACCAGACGAAGCCCUACAUCAGCCCCAAGACGGGCGGCGACGCCAUGGCACAAGACUACAUGGGCAUGUACCUCUACGACGACACGGACCGCAAGAUCGCCGGCGUGCACGCCGCCACCAACUUCCGUGAAACGAGCAUCAUUCACCACCUUCCCCGCAGCGGCCGCUACGCUCUCUCCCUCACCUGCCCGCGUGGCAAAGGCAGCGUACCGGCCGUCGUGACAAUCGUCUCAUCCGCUACCUCGCACGUCCGCCGUGUGGAGACGCCGGCGGAUGCGGGGAUGCUGCCCGAUGAGCUGGAGGUGGUGGAGGAAGACUCGGAGAACACUAAGGCUGCCCGCAUCGACUACUUCCCUUUCACGACGCCGGCGAGCGAUGUGCACGAGGUGCCGGACAGCAGCGUACCCUUCGAGGAUCGCGCUUUCAUGCUGGACAACCGCGACCUCACGUCCGAGCCGUGGGUGCACAUCGGCGACCUCUACCCCAAAGGCAAGACAAAGCCGCUGCUGCCGGAUGUGCUGAGCCGCGAUCAGUUCGAGCAGGGCACUGUCCCGGAGUGCAGGACUCUCAUUGGCUUUGCCACCCUGAUUGCAAAGCACCCCGACGUCAUUCGCAACUGCUUCAUCUCGAAGAAGCCGCGCAAGGACGGCCGCUACACCUUCCAGUUCCACCGCUACGGCCAGUGGGUGAAGGUGGAGAUCGACGACCGCAUUCCGAUGAUCAAGGGUGACACCCUCUUCUGCCGCUCCCCGACGCACCACUGGUGGCCGCUGCUGCUGGAGAAGGCCUAUGCGAAGUUCUACAAGUUGUAUGACAACCUGGAGGGCUGCUCCCUCGCAGAGGUCUACCACGACUUCUCUGGCUGCCCCGUCAUUAACGUCCCACUGGAUCCGGUGACGGCGCGGUCGGCCGGCUUCGACGUGGCUUCGCCCGCCUUCUGGAUGCAGUUGCGCGACGAGCUGCCGAACACCGCCAUGUCCGCGCAGAGCUCCGAUGAGGCGGACCGUCUCGGCGUCAACGCACAGCAGUUCUACGGCGUCCUCGACAUCAUUCCGACAACCGCGCAGCCGCAGUCCCUCGCAGACGUCGUCGUCCAGCUGCACAACCCCUACGCCGCGAACACCUACUCGGGUCCGAUGGCGAAUAGAGGGGAUCGCCGGUGGGCCGCGCCGCAGCUGCAGGGCCAUCAACCCUCGAACAGCACGAUCUACGUCCCGGCCGACGUCUUUGCCGCCAACUUUUUCACCCUUUCCCAGGCGCAUCUGAGCGGGCUUGUGGAGCCGUGUUGGAACUUCAACAGCGAGUGGGGGGAGGGCACGAACGGCGGCAACCCGUCGCUGCUGACGUGGCGGCAGAACCCGCUUUACGUGGUGCGCAACGCGAGCGAGGCGCCGGUGGAGAUUGUGGGCAUGAUACGGCAGCCCGACAAGCGCCACCAGUUCCACCUACUGGCGGAGCUGAACUACGUACGCUGCGACCUGCUACUGGCGCAGAGCAUGGAGAACAGCUCCAUCCCCACGUACCUCGUCACGCACAACAACCACCGCAUCGCGCAUAAAGGCGUCUUCUUGAACUACCGCGAGGUCGCCAACUUCAUUGCCAUCCCGGCGCACUCUCUCUGCUACCUUGUGCCCACCGCGAUGUACCACGAGAAGAGCAUCUUCAUGCUGUCGUACUGGUACAAGAAGCCUGCGGAUGCACGCGCGGUGAGCAUCGCCCGGCUCAAGACGGACGUCGCGCAUGGCCUGCCCGCGGUGAAGCACGUCACGAUGCAGCCACAAGGCAAAGAUCGCGUGGACUUCCUCGUGGAUGUGCCGACCGACGCACACAUUCUGCUGUCGCAGUGGAACCAGGACUCGAAGGGCGGCAACGACGUGCGCACCGAAAACUUCGUGGGCAUGUACCUCUAUGAUGACGCGAAUCAGCAGGUCGCGCGUGUGUCGUCGGCGUCGAACUUGAAGGAGAUUGGCCUGGUGACGCACCUCCCCGCCGCAGGCCACUACGUGCUGUCGCUGACCUGCCCGGUGGCGAAGGACGACGAGGUGAAGUGCCGGGUGGAAAUUGUGGGCGUGGAGGCGGCGCGGGUGCGCAUCACCGACGCCAGCGAGAACGCGCCGAGUUUCGACGACUUUGCGGAGGAGCCGCCCGUGCAGCCGGUGAACAUGGACGACGUCAUGAACCCCGAUCGGCACAUCCGCGCCGUCGAGCCGGUCGUGGCAGCGAAGCCGGCCGUCAACACAGUCCAGCAGCCGGCCAAGGCGCCCCGUGCUGCACCCGCAUUGCGGGAGGCGGAGGCGCCGAGCACCAAAACACCGAGUCUGUCGUUCCUCAACUCCUUCUACGAAGGCGUGCCGAAGGAGGACAUCCCGCUCAAGGAGAACCCGGCGUUGAUGCACAAGGCACAGGAGCGCGAAGCCCUCAAGCGGCACCCGUCCGAGAACGCGUCGCGCAUUCUCGGUCUGGAGAACUCGAUGCACGACUUGGCAGCCAAAAUGGCCGACGACAUGCACAAGCGCGAGCGCGCUUUCUUGGACCCCCAACCGGAGGGCGUGCCGCUGGAGCUGCUACCCCUGAACGAGGACGUACCCUUCACAAAGCUUGAACACGACCUUCGGACGGCGAUGAAGGACCCUCGAAAGAAUCACAACGAGAUCGUCAAGCUACAGGACAAGCUGAACGACCGUGCGCGCGAGAUGGCUAGGGAGUUGAAGGAUGACGAGCGGGAGCGCUUCCUGAAUCCCAUGCCCCUCGGCAUCCCCGUCGGUGACCUUCCACUGGACGAGGACCCGCGGUUCCACGCGCUGGAGGUGGAGCGGCUGCGCGAGCGGGCGAAGGACGCACCGGACGCCGCCAAGACCCGCAAGCUGGAGGACGCGAUGAACGCACGCGCGGAGGAGCUAGCCCGCCAGAAACUCGCCGAAAACCGUGACUACCUUAAGCCGGAACACCUCCACGUCGCCAACGACGAGCUGCCGCUGGACGCCAACCGCGGCUUUGUGUUGAAGGAGGCGGCGCGGCAGGAGCAGAUGAAGAGCCCGCGUCCAAAUGCCCGCGUCAUCGCUGCGCUGGAGGACGAGUUGAACGAUAUGGCAGAGAAGAUGGCGGCCGAGCUGCUCGCAAAGCAGCGCCCCGGCUACCUCGCACGUGACCACAACGGCCGCCUCAUCGACGACUUGCCCCUCAACAAUAAUGACGGCUUUCUGCAGCUGGAGCGCGAUCGUCGCGACCUGCUGAAAGUGCCGAAGCCAGACAUGGCCAAGAUCGCCGACAUCGAGGACAAACUCAACGUGCAGGCAGACGAGAUGGCAAAGCAGAUGAACCGCGACGAGCGGCCGCGGUACCUGAAGCCGAGCUACUACGGGAAGCCGACGGAGGAGCUGCCGCUGGACGACGAUGCUCAGAUCGCCGAGUGGGAGGCGCAGCGCGCACGACUCCGCCAUGACCCCGGCAAAAAUGCCGCUGCGAUCCGCGCCGUUGAGGACAAGAUCAACGCCCGCGCGGCGGAGCUCGCCAAGGAAAUAGUGAACCGGGACCGGAAGGCGCGCUACGGUUCGCCCCGCGGCAUUCCGGUAGAACUUCUCGACCUCGACGGCGACCCCACCAUGCGGCGCCUUGAGGCGGAGCACAUGGAUCUGCUGAGCAUGCCUAAACCCGACCCCAGGGCGAUCGCAGCGAACGAGGUAAAGCUGAACGCGCGCGUGGAGCAGCUUGCGAAGGAUUUCUUAGAGAACCUGCGUGCCGACAUCACUGGCGACCGAGCGGGCAGUCCGUCGUUGAUGAGCGACGCCCCUUACCGCGACAUGGAGGACAAGCUCAUUGCGCUCAUGUCCGAAGACCCACAAGGCAAGAAGGACCAGAUUGAUGAUUUAAAGGAGGCGCUGUCCAAGCGAAACGCCGAGCUUAAGCGGCAGCGCGCGCAGGCACUUCGCUCCUUCCUGGACCCCAAGCCGUUUGGCAUUCCGAUCGAAGAGCUCAACGUGGAUGGCGACACGCCGUUCUUGCAAAAGGAGGCCGAAUUGAAGAAGGUCAUGGCGGCGCAUGCCUCGCCGGCUGCCAUCGAGGCCCUUCAAGACGAGAUGCAGGAGCGCGUCAACGUGCUGGCAGCCCACGAGCUGGCGCGCCGCUAUCCUUACCUCGACACCAACCCGGCGAGCAUGCCGUUGGAAACCCUCCCCGCCGUCGGCAAAGACGAACCCUUCUGGGAGGCAAUUCGCGCAGCAGAGAGAGCGAAAAGCCGAGGGGCGCCACAGCAGCACGCGCUAGAGACCGCCGUAAACGAUCGGCUGCGCCAAAUCGCGGAGGACAAGAAGUGGAAAGAGCGCGAGGACUACCUCCAGCAGCACCCCGACGGCGUCUACGUCCGCCAAGUCCCGCUGGACAUCAACGACGAGUUCCGACUCAAGGAACGCGAGCGUCGCCGCCUCCUUUCCGAGGACUCCUCACACACCAAACGCCUUCACGAACUGGAGGACCAGCUCAACGCGAUAGCCUUCCAGCUCGCAACCGAAAAGAAAUGGGCGGAUCGCGAGGCCCUACUCGGCAAAGACGUUAGCGGCGUGCCGCUGCACGAUGUGCCGCUGGACGAGGACGCUGCGUACGUUGCGAUGGAGGACCAGUGGCGCGAUCUGAAGUUGGACCCGAAGCGCAACGCUGCCGCGAUUGCGGACGUGGAGAGGAAGAUGAAGGAGCGUGCGCGGCAGCUUGCGGACGACAAGAAGUGGGCGGAUCGCGAGGCCCUGCUGGGCGAGAGCGUGGAGGACAUGCCGCUGCGCGCCAUUGGCCUGGACGACGACCCGGCGUACGUUGCGAUGGAGGACGAGCAGCGGAAGCUGAAGGCGGACCCGGAGCGCAACGCCCACCGCCUCGCGGACCUUGAGGAGCGGAUGAAGGAGCGCGCGCACGAGCUUGCGAAGAAGGCGAAGGAGGAGGAGCGCGACGAGUUCCUGCCGCGCGUUGUGGGCGGCGUCGAGCGCGAUGCGCUGGAGCUUGACGACGACAAGCCGUUCAGGGACAUGGAGGAGCGGCGUCGCAAGCUGCUCGCGGAUGAUCCGAAGCGCAACGCCGCUGCGGUCGCGCAGGUGGAGGACGCGCUGCGUGCGCGUGCGGAGGAGCUUGCUGCGGCGAAGAAGAACGCCGACCGCGGCCGCAUCCUCGACCCGAAGCCGGAGAACGUGGAGCUGCGGCACGUGAACCUCGACGACGACCCGGACUUCACCGCCAUGGAGAGCGAGUGGCGGAAGCUGAUGCGGGACCCGCGCGCCAACGCGCGUCGCAUCGCGGAACUGGAGAAGAACAUGAACGACAGCGCACACAGGCUUGCCGACGCGAGGAAGUGGGCGGACCGCAACCGCAUCCUGGACCCGAAGCCGGAGGGCGUGAAGCUGGCGCAUGUGCCGCUCGACGACGACGCCGAGUUCUUGGCGACGGAGGACGAGUGGCGUGAGCUGAUGCGGGACCCGCGCGCCAACGCGCGUCGCAUCGCGGAACUGGAGAAGAACAUGAACGACAGCGCACACAGGCUUGCCGACGCGAGGAAGUGGGCGGACCGCAACCGCAUCCUGGACCCGAAGCCGGAGGGCGUGAAGCUGGCGCAUGUGCCGCUCGACGACGACGCCGAGUUCUUGGCGACGGAGGACGAGUGGCGUGAGCUGAUGCGGGACCCGCGCGCCAACGCGCGGCGCAUCGCGGAGCUGGAGAAGAACAUGAACGCCCGCGCGCACGAGAUCGCGGACGAUGUGAAGUGGGCUGAGCGCGAGGACCUGCUUGGCAAGGACGUGAACGGCGUGCCGCUGCACGAUGUGCCGCUGGACGAGGACGCUGCGUACGUUGCGAUGGAGGACCAGUGGCGCGAUCUGAAGUUGGACCCGAAGCGCAACGCUGCCGCGAUUGCGGACGUGGAGAGGAAGAUGAAGGAGCGUGCGCGGCAGCUUGCGGACGACAAGAAGUGGGCGGAUCGCGAGGCCCUGCUGGGCGAGAGCGUGGAGGACAUGCCGCUGCGCGCCAUUGGCCUGGACGACGACCCGGCGUACGUUGCGAUGGAGGACGAGCAGCGGAAGCUGAAGGCGGACCCGGAGCGCAACGCCCACCGCCUCGCGGACCUUGAGGAGCGGAUGAAGGAGCGCGCGCACGAGCUUGCGAAGAAGGCGAAGGAGGAGGAGCGCGACGAGUUCCUGCCGCGCGUUGUGGGCGGCGUCGAGCGCGAUGCGCUGGAGCUUGACGACGACAAGCCGUUCAGGGACAUGGAGGAGCGGCGUCGCAAGCUGCUCGCGGAUGAUCCGAAGCGCAACGCCGCUGCGGUCGCGCAGGUGGAGGACGCGCUGCGUGCGCGUGCGGAGGAGCUUGCUGCGGCGAAGAAGAACGCCGACCGCGGCCGCAUCCUCGACCCGAAGCCGGAGAACGUGGAGCUGCGGCACGUGAACCUCGACGACGACCCGGACUUCACCGCCAUGGAGAGCGAGUGGCGGAAGCUGAUGCGGGACCCGCGCGCCAACGCGCGUCGCAUCGCGGAACUGGAGAAGAACAUGAACGACAGCGCACACAGGCUUGCCGACGCGAGGAAGUGGGCGGACCGCAACCGCAUCCUGGACCCGAAGCCGGAGGGCGUGAAGCUGGCGCAUGUGCCGCUCGACGACGACGCCGAGUUCUUGGCGACGGAGGACGAGUGGCGUGAGCUGAUGCGGGACCCGCGCGCCAACGCGCGUCGCAUCGCGGAACUGGAGAAGAACAUGAACGACAGCGCACACAGGCUUGCCGACGCGAGGAAGUGGGCGGACCGCAACCGCAUCCUGGACCCGAAGCCGGAGGGCGUGAAGCUGGCGCAUGUGCCGCUCGACGACGACGCCGAGUUCUUGGCGACGGAGGACGAGUGGCGUGAGCUGAUGCGGGACCCGCGCGCCAACGCGCGGCGCAUCGCGGAGCUGGAGAAGAACAUGAACGCCCGCGCGCACGAGAUCGCGGACGAUGUGAAGUGGGCUGAGCGCGAGGACCUGCUUGGCAAGGACGUGAACGGCGUGCCGCUGCACGAUGUGCCGCUGGACGAGGACGCUGCGUACGUUGCGAUGGAGGACCAGUGGCGCGAUCUGAAGUUGGACCCGAAGCGCAACGCUGCCGCGAUUGCGGACGUGGAGAGGAAGAUGAAGGAGCGUGCGCGGCAGCUUGCGGACGACAAGAAGUGGGCGGAUCGCGAGGCCCUGCUGGGCGAGAGCGUGGAGGACAUGCCGCUGCGCGCCAUUGGCCUGGACGACGACCCGGCGUACGUUGCGAUGGAGGACGAGCAGCGGAAGCUGAAGGCGGACCCGGAGCGCAACGCCCACCGCCUCGCGGACCUUGAGGAGCGGAUGAAGGAGCGCGCGCACGAGCUUGCGAAGAAGGCGAAGGAGGAGGAGCGCGACGAGUUCCUGCCGCGCGUUGUGGGCGGCGUCGAGCGCGAUGCGCUGGAGCUUGACGACGACAAGCCGUUCAGGGACAUGGAGGAGCGGCGUCGCAAGCUGCUCGCGGAUGAUCCGAAGCGCAACGCCGCUGCGGUCGCGCAGGUGGAGGACGCGCUGCGUGCGCGUGCGGAGGAGCUUGCUGCGGCGAAGAAGAACGCCGACCGCGGCCGCAUCCUCGACCCGAAGCCGGAGAACGUGGAGCUGCGGCACGUGAACCUCGACGACGACCCGGACUUCACCGCCAUGGAGAGCGAGUGGCGGAAGCUGAUGCGGGACCCGCGCGCCAACGCGCGUCGCAUCGCGGAACUGGAGAAGAACAUGAACGACAGCGCACACAGGCUUGCCGACGCGAGGAAGUGGGCGGACCGCAACCGCAUCCUGGACCCGAAGCCGGAGGGCGUGAAGCUGGCGCAUGUGCCGCUCGACGACGACGCCGAGUUCUUGGCGACGGAGGACGAGUGGCGUGAGCUGAUGCGGGACCCGCGCGCCAACGCGCGUCGCAUCGCGGAACUGGAGAAGAACAUGAACGACAGCGCACACAGGCUUGCCGACGCGAGGAAGUGGGCGGACCGCAACCGCAUCCUGGACCCGAAGCCGGAGGGCGUGAAGCUGGCGCAUGUGCCGCUCGACGACGACGCCGAGUUCUUGGCGACGGAGGACGAGUGGCGUGAGCUGAUGCGGGACCCGCGCGCCAACGCGCGGCGCAUCGCGGAGCUGGAGAAGAACAUGAACGCCCGCGCGCACGAGAUCGCGGACGAUGUGAAGUGGGCUGAGCGCGAGGACCUGCUUGGCAAGGACGUGAACGGCGUGCCGCUGCACGAUGUGCCGCUGGACGAGGACGCUGCGUACGUUGCGAUGGAGGACCAGUGGCGCGAUCUGAAGUUGGACCCGAAGCGUAACGCCCGCCGCAUCGCGGACGUGGAGAAGAAAAUGGAUGAUCGUGUCCAUGCGUUGGCUCGCGAAGAGCUGAAGAAGACGGCGAAGCUGCCGUUCAACGAGGCGGACGGUGUGGCCGUGUCUCUCCUCCCUCUCGAAGACGACGCCGCCUUCCGGAGGUUGGCGGAUGAGUACGCCCGGAAGAAGUUGAACCCGCAGGUGAACCCGCAGGAAGUCCAGCAGCUGGAAAAGGAGAUGCGCGACCGCGCCGAGGCGCUUGCGCGGCGCCGAAAGGAUGCGGAUCGCCGUCGCAUUUGUGGAGCGGAAAUGGACGAGAUGCUCGAACACGGUGCUGAGCUGGACCGAGAUGAGAUGUUCCAGGCACUGGAGCACGAGCGCUACCACCUGGAGGCGGCUGAUGCGAAGGGCAACAAGGAUCGCAUCCAGUUCUUGGAGGAGGCGAUGCGGCAGCGCGCACGCGAGUUGGCCAAACCGCGCGUGCACAGCGAGUACCGCGGCGUCCCAGUCGAGAAGCUGAACGAGUUUUCCGGCGGGGAGCUGUUUCACAAGCACCCGGGCGGCAACCGUCGUGGCAGCAAUCCGGAGGGGGAGCUGGAGCCCAUUGACCCGGAGCUUGACGCUGAGGCGAGGAGGCUGGCGGAGCAGAUGAUUGAGCAGGAGUCGUAUCCCUUCCUGGGCGACAAGGUGCACGGCGUGCCCAUCAACAAGAUUCCGUUCCGCAAGGACCAAGCCUUCAUGGACCUCGCAGAUGAGCGUCGCAGGGCGAUGUACUUCCCGGAGGACUACCCGCCCGGCUACAAGGCGGAAGUUGAGGAGGCGAUGCGACGGCGGGUGGGCGAGCUGGCGGAUCAGUACAAGCGCGACCACCCGAAGCGCGUCCCCGCUGUCGACAAAGAGAGCCCGAUGAAGCCGAGUGAGGCACCGCAGGGAGGCAGCAGCGGCUCCCGCCGUCCGCGCGAUAAGAAGGUGGUGCGGGAGGUGGAGGAGCGCACGGAGGAGCAUCGCCUGGAGACAGUGGAGGAGGCUGCACCGUUCGUCGACCCCUCCUUCCACAGCGCCAACGAGCAGGUGGCGAACCUGUGGCCGCGGAUUGCCGACAUCUACCCGGAGGGCCUGCACGAGCCCCUCAUACCGGACCACCCACGGACAUCCGAUGUGGCCUCGCCGGCGGGGGAUCUGACCUACCUGGCCCCGUUCCUCGCCGCGCUGAGCCGCCAGCCCCCGCUGCUCCACCGCCUGUUCCAAACCAAGACGCACCCCGUGCGGGCACCCUACAGCUUCAUCUUCUUUGACCCGAACAGCAUCCCGGUGGCGGUCGAGAUCGACGACCGCGUUCCGUGCGACGAGAAGGGCGUGCCGCGCUUUACGGUGUCACCGACGGGGGCGUGGUGGCCGCUGCUGCUGGAGAAGGCGUACGCCAAGUACGUGGGCGGCUAUGAGCGCUUCGACGACUGCACGUCGCACGAGACGCUGCGCGACCUGACGGGGCGCCCCGUCACGCACCUGCCGUUCGACACGAAGCUGGCGAGCGAGGUGGCGAACUGCAACUACCGCGACGUCGCCUUCUGGCGCCGCACCCACAACCAGCUGGAGAAGGGCGAUGUGUUCAUGGCGGUGUCGAACGAGGUGGUGCCAGACGGCAUCCACCCGCACUGCUACUACGCCGUAUUCGACGUGAUCGAGACAGUGCCGGGCUCGAACGACCCUUCGGACAUUGUGGUGAAGAUCCACAACUGCUACCACGAUGCCCCGGAGUACAUGGGUCCGCUGUGCGCUGGCGACCAAGACUGGACGCCGACGCUGCGGUCGGUGUGCAAGGCGGACCCAGAAAAUGAGCCGGAGUUUCUCUACCUGCCGCAGCCGAUCUUCCUGCGCAACUUUUCGAGCAUGCAGCGCUGCCACAUCAACUGCGGCGACCGCCUGACGGUGUCGGGCGAGUGGAACGAGUCGUGCAGCGGAGGCAACCCCAAGUACACGACUUUCCGCAGUAACCCCAUUUACCUCGUGCAGAACACGGGCGGUCGCAGCGCCACGGUGCUGGCGGAGCUGCGCCACUCGGCCCCUGUCUUCUACGAUGCGCACGACAUGGGCGUGUACCACCAAUCGGCGUUGGCUCUCUUGCAGCCCGACGGCGCUGCCCAGCUGGUGGCCCCGCUGCUGGCGCACAACACGCAUCGCUUUGUACAGAAGGGCCUGCUCACGGACGCGCGCGAGGUGUGCGCCGAAGUGGAGCUGCCGGCGAACAGCACGUGCUACUUAGUUCCCUACACGAAGAAGAAGAACUGCAUCGGCAAGUACCAGCUCUCGGUGUACCCGCAAGAGUACCCGGUGACCCUCACCACGCUCCGCCCCAUCGCGGAGACGCACAACUGCAUGUCGAAGGACGUUGUGGUGCAGCCGGGGUCCGGCACGACGGCGCGCGUGGACAUCACCGUCAGUGAGCCGUGCGACAUUCAUGUUUUGCUGCAUCAGAACAAGGUGACCGACCCCGCUUCGGCGAAGCGCGGCGACCACUUAGCAGAGGAUGAGAUCUUCAUGGCAGCCUACGAGGACAACGCCGUCCUGGUGAGUUCUUCCGGCGACGCGUCCAACGCGCGCGAGCACGCGAUUGCAUUCCAGGCUGCCAAAGCUGGCCGAUACACGUUCCUGGUCGGCUGCCCGUCCAGGCCCGUCACCGGCAGUGCCCCGUGCACCUUGUCCAUCUACACCCCCAAGUAUAUCCAGGCGAGCUUCCUGGCGGUGCGCGGGACGGCACGGCCAAGCAUCCCUGGGCGGCUGAACUCGACAGACAGUGUCGCAUCCACGCCGACGAACGGGCGGCACACUACGCGUCAGCCGCAGCGACCCUCCUCGGCGUCCAACGGUGCCGGGAACGGCUCGCGCAACCCACGCAGCCGCGGCUACUCGCAGUAA